AUGGCCCACCUGCCGACAACGCCACGCUCGCCCGACUACUCGUACGCCACAGAGGAGCUGCUGCUGCCGUACCACAUCCCGCCGUUGGAGGACUGUCGCCAGCUGGACUCGACGUCCUCAACUUUGGCGUCCGAGCCGGACUCGGAGCCCAUCGACACUCGAAAGCUGAGCGAUCUCGCGAGACUGGCUCGCGGUAGCGGCGAGAGCAAACCCGCGCUUGACAGCGCUGUCGAUCGCCCGCUGCCCGGACCUGACGGCCUUGCCCGCCGCGACGACAACUUUGCCCAUCCGUCGUCGUUCGACGGCUUUGGCUCGCGGGUCACCGCCAACUCGACUACAACCGCCUCGCAGCGGAGCGGCGCUAUCGCCUCGGGCCGCCGCACUGUCUCCUUCCGCGACCGGAACCAAGACAAGCUCGGGACCGGAACCGGAAGCGGGGCCAACACCAGGAGCGACUUGGUAUCUAGCGCUGCCGCCGGCUCUGACGGCAGAGCGCCGGCCCAAGACGAGCAGAUCGAGCCGCUGACCUGGACUGGCCAACUGGAGCGCAUCAUCGACUCGACCUGGUUUGCGGUUGUCAUCGGCUUUAUCACCCUCUUUGUCCUUUUUGUCGACGACAUCUCAGUCCUCGCCGGUGUGUCGGAUCCCGAGCACGGUGGCCUCGGCUACGCGCUACUAGUCAUCAAGGUGGUGACCUUUGUCAUCUUCCUCACCGAGCUCGCGGUCUCGUCCGUGGUCAAGGACGCAUACUUUGCAUCGUUUUUCUUCUGGCUCGAUGUGGUGACCCUCGUCUCGUUUGUUCCGGACCUCGUCCUCCUUUUUGGCCCGCGCCGGCCGUGCCGCGCGAGCUGCGGCCCGGACCCUGUCCUCUUCCGGGUCAUGAAAGUGCUCAAGCUCUCGCACAAGCAGACGGUUAGCGCGUCGAUCGACAAGCUCGAAGACCACGCGACUAUGUACGACGCUGCCGAGUCGAGUCGACCCGGCGGCAUUGUUCUCCGCGCCAUGACUAACAAGGUCACUGCCCUCGUCCUCAUUGUCUACAUUUCAACUGCCAUGUUCCAGACCGACCCUGACUGGUCGCAACACUCGCUCUCGGCUCUGAUGACGCUCGAGGCCGGGUCCGCGGCGGUGGGCUCACCGGCUGCACUCCUGCCAGCCUUCCUUCACCCCUACACUGCGCGCGUCAAGGUAGUCCGCCUCUUUGUCAACGGCGUGCUGCAGCUUGAUGGCCAUGUUCCACUGCGGCGCGACUUUCGGACCACCAUCUCCACCCCGUCGCAGGCCUCAUCGAUUCUGCUCAACAUCUCCGAGGACCGCCGCAUGGAUGCUCUCUUCUCGCUCAUGUCACUGGUCGUGGUCAUUGUAGGCCUCGGCGUCGGCAAUCUGGUCAUUUGCCACUCGGCCAACAAGCUCGUCGUCAUCUCCGAACACCUUAUGGCCAUCAUGCGGCUGCUCACCUCGCACCUCAAGGGCGCGACGUCGACCCGCCGCGGCUCCCUCGUCGCCUCGGACCUGGCGCCCACCAUUCUCUCCGACCUGCCCUCCGUCUCGGUCUUUGGCUACAACGACACCCAGACCACGCUCGCCAAGACCGCGACCGAUGGGUCGGGCAUGUCGCGGCUCCGCCCACCUACCGCAACGUCAGGUCACGGCUCUGGCGGCGGUGGCGCCGAGACUAUCAUCUCAGCGCUCGCCUUUUGGGACGAGGCCACUUCGCACCAAGUCGGCUACGUCGAAGGCAUCGAGGAGCAGUUGCAGCGGUACCUGGUCGACAAUAUGCGGGUCGAGCUCGAGGCCAAACAGGCGCGGCGCCGCGAAGCCGAGCUUCGCAGCCUGGUCCGCCUUGCCGCCUCGCGGCAAGAGCGCGCCCGCGCCCACGUUGAGCGCCUCAUCACCAAGAUCGACGCCCUCAAACAUCAAGUCUGGCGCUACCGACAGCAUCUCUCGCGGACGACGCGCCGGCGUCUGGACGAGGAGGACGCCGAGGACGGCUCCAACUCGGCGCUGGCCGAGCUGUCCGACGUCGGCUCGGUGCUCUCGGUGGUGACGCUGCGGUCUGGCGCUCGCAUGGCUCGCGACGCCGGCCUCACCCACGCCUCGGACCCGUCGCUGACCGAGGCGCCGGAGGAGACCCAGUUUGUGUCGGAGCACGACACGGUGUUUGUGGAGCGCCACGACGGCGCCGCCGUUGUCGUCCGCGGCACCGUCAACGGCCUCAUCGAGCAGCUGACCACGCUCUCGGGCACGCCGUCGACCGAGUAUCUGCGGACCUUCCUCUACACCUUCCGGCGAUACACUCAUCCGCAGCAUGUCCUUGAGCGCCUGCUCAUCCGGUACUGCAUCGCACCGCCGCAGGCGAUGCGCCACAUGCCACUCAAUGCCGGCAUGCAGCACUACGAUCUCGAACUCGGCGACGCGUCGAUGAACUGGGCACUCGAAGUCGAGGUCCCCAUCCGCAACCGCGUCCAGCAAGUCCUCUACUACUGGGUCACCAACUGCUUUGUCGAUUUUGUCGACUCUCCGCCGCUGCUCGACCUGCUCCGCCGAGCAAUCGACAACGUGUUCAACCGGACAACGGCGCCGUUUGCGUCGCGGCUGGCGGCAGUCAUUGCCAACCAGCUCGACUCGGGCGGGCUCAGCCGCCCGCCUCCGCGCCGCAUCCGCUUGUCGAUUGCGGCCGUGCCCACACCACGCAUUCCUCUCAGCAUCGGCCAGUCGACCGCAGUUGCACCCAGUAGCUCGGAGCCGGCAGACUCGUCGCCGUCGGUCGAGCUCAGCAUCACCGACAUCGACCCGCUCGAGCUCGCGCGGCAGCUCAAGCUCCUCGACCACGAGAUCUACUGUCAGGUCCAGGUCUGGGAGCUCUUUGACGCGGCUUGGGAGUCUCCAGCACGUGAACAGCGCGCGCAAAACGUGCUGGCCCUCGGCAACGUCUUCUCGGCCAGGGUUUUCUGGUUCCGCUCACUCAUCCUCAGCGACGGCCUUUCCUCCCGCGAGCAGGCCCACAUCCUCGAGUACCUUAUCGAGGUUGGCACGGCCUCGGUUGAGAUAUACUCGUUUAACGCUGCCGUCGCGGUCCUCGGAGUGCUGAAGGACCACGAGGUUGGUGAGUGCUCGUCGGCGUGGCGCAAGAUCUCGUCGUCGGCCGCCGCCGACUACGACGCCUUUAAGGCCGUCUUUUCGCGGGCCACCGACUUUGCGCCGUACCGCGAACGGCUUGUCCACCAUCGCACCAACGUACUCGAGCGCGCUGCCGACGACGGCGGCGACCCGACGCUCCCGCCGACCGCUGUCCCCUACCUCGGCUUCCACCUCGAGGACCUCUUUGACGCCGACGAGAACAACCCAGACUACACCGACGAUUCGCUCGUCAACUUUCAGAAGUGCACACUCAUGGCCUCGCUCAUCGACUUUGCGCUGGCUUGGCGCGACACUGCUCCGUGUUUUGUCCCCGUCGACACCAUCCAGGACUUUAUCCGCGACGGCCAGCUCUCGGCCGUUACCACGCCAUGGGUGCCUUGCACCGCCGGCCCGCUGCUCACCCCAUCAGGCGCCGCUGGCUUGGGCGACCCUGCCUUUGAUCACGCCGUCCACGACUCGGACGACGCCAUCUCUGCCACCGACAGCGACGAGUAG